CGCUCGAUGACUCGAGGUGCAGGAAGCGCUGCCUGGUCGCUGCCAGCCCAGAGCGAUCGCUGCCGGAGUAGUUCCCCCCUCGCCACCCCGGAGCCCGCAUCGCUGUCGGGGGAAAGAGGAUGUUUCGCAACCAGUAUGACAAUGAUGUCACAGUUUGGAGCCCACAGGGCCGAAUUCAUCAAAUAGAAUAUGCCAUGGAAGCUGUGAAACAAGGCUCAGCUACUGUGGGGCUGAAGUCGAAAACACAUGCUGUGCUGGUUGCUCUUAAGAGAGCACAGUCUGAGCUGGCAGCUCAUCAGAAAAAAAUCCUGUACGUUGACAACCAUAUUGGUAUCUCAAUUGCUGGACUUACUGCUGAUGCACGACUCUUGUGCAACUUCAUGCGUCAGGAGUGUCUGGAUUCCAGAUUUGUGUUUGAUAGACCUCUUCCAGUUUCUCGCCUAGUGUCACUAAUUGGAAGCAAAACCCAGAUACCAACGCAGCGCUAUGGCAGAAGACCGUAUGGUGUAGGACUGCUCAUUGCAGGUUAUGAUGAUAUGGGUCCUCACAUUUUCCAGACUUGUCCCUCUGCAAACUACUUUGACUGCAAAGCAAUGUCCAUUGGUGCUCGUUCACAGUCAGCACGAACUUACUUGGAGAGACACAUGACUGAAUUUGCUGACUGUAAUCUUAAUGAGCUAGUUAAACAUGGACUACGUGCCCUGAGAGAAACUCUUCCUGCUGAACAGGAUCUUACCACCAAGAACGUUUCCAUUGGAAUUGUUGGCAAAGACAUGGAGUUUACCAUAUAUGAUGAUGAUGAUGUAGCACCAUUCCUAGAAGGACUUGAGGAGAGACCACAGAGAAAGCCUGCUCCGCCUGCUGAUGAACCUGCAGAAAAGGCAGAGGAGCCAAUGGAGCACUAGUUGGUGGAUGAGUUCCUCUGUGUUAACGUAUAUCUAAUUAUACAGGAAGGAUUAUCCAUUUGCUGGUAACUAUCCUCACCUAUAUGCAUUUUCUGCCAAUACUUUCUGAGGAUUACGCUUAAAAAAGGAAACCAACCAACCCACCUAUCCUUAAAAGGUAGACAGAAGGUCAUAAUUGGGUGUAUUUUCUUUGACAAGAAAGGUGUAAUCAUUUUCUAAAUAGUACAUGAUACUGUUUUUUAAUGAAAAGCAUACUGUCUUUAACUUGUAAGGACAAGUGGAAAUAAAACACUUUCUUGGAAUCUGCUGUGGGUUUGGGUUUUUUAAUCUGAAGAAAUAACCAUUGAAAUCAAGGUGCUAUCAUCUCUUUGACCAUUUGUCAACUUUAUUUACUGUAUGUAAAUGUGGUGCUUUUUGAAACUGUUGAACAGAGAGGACUUCAAAAUGCCCACAAGUCUACAAAAUAGGUGUAGAACAGACAGAAUGCAGCAUGUUUCCCCAUGUUGUUUUGUCAUUGUCUCAAACUUGACUUGAGAAGACAUCUCUGAUUGAAUGUUUACCAGACACAUUGCACGCUGAAGAAGCAUGAAGCUGCUAAACAGCUUGUGUUUUGGCUUUUUGAGUUCUCCACAUCAGUAAACCUCAGCCUGUAUGGAAGUGAAUUGCAUUGCUUUAUUUCUUGAGAGCCACCAGCCAGCCAAGGAGCAUCAAAGGGCUUUUAGCACACUAAUGGCCUAAAUUGAAAUAAGAGGGAAGCACAUACACCACCCAUUACAGAUUCCCUGAACUAUGGAGUCUCUGCACUGCUGCUGAACAGGCUCUCCAGGGCUUUCUCCCUUCAGCUUUCUCUGCAUUGGGACUGAGGGGGUACCUAUUGUGUGUUUGCCAUCAGGCCAAAUC